GACCUGCGAGCCCCCUCUCGGGCUGCCCCCUCUGAGGGCCCCGCCGGCGCUGGCGGCGCCGGAGCUGCGGCAGCGGUGCAGGCGGCUGGUCGUCACGCACGGCACCAUCCUGCACCAGCACAAGAUCGGGUUCCAGCUCCGCAGCCUCUGGGACAGGUGGCGCCAGGCCUGCGCCGACGCCCGCGGGCACAGGAGGGCCGCAGCUCUGGAGGCGCGGGUCCAGGAGCUGGAGAGGCAGCUGGAGAGCGAGCGUCGCCAGCGCGAGGUCCUGAUCUCGGAGGUGGUCGGCAGCCAGGCGCGCCACGAGGAGUUCGACCACGUCCUGGAGGCGGAGCGCCGCGCGCGCGCGGAGGCGGCCGAGCGCUGCGAGGAGCUCGGGCGCGCGCUGGAGGCGGAGCGGCGCGAGCACCGCGUCGCCGACCUGUGGCAGGCGGAGCUGGGCGAGAGGCUCGAGGCCGAGAGGGCGGAGCACCGGGCGGCGGCAGCCGAGGCCCUCGAGGUGCGGGAGCAGCUCGAGAGGCUGCUCGAGCCCGCAGGGGCCCUCGGGGGCACCCAUCGGAUGGGAAGGCUCGAGCCUGAUCAUGUCGCGGCCGCGCCGUUCACCCAGACGUGA